CUUCUUACAACCUCAAAAAUAACUAAACCAAACCAUGGAACUUCACUUCCAUACCUUCUCUUCAACCAACAACAACACAACAUAUAAGCCCACAAACAGAAGCCCUAGCAAGAGCAAGUUUGUGGGAGUGAGGCAGAGGCCCUUGGGAAAAUGGGUGGUGGAGAUCAUGAACACGACCCAGAAGAUCCGCAUGUGGCUAGGCACAUUCGACACAGCUGAGGAGGCAGCUCUGGCCUAUGACGAGGCUGCCUGCCUCCUGCGUGGAUCCAAUACACGCACCAACUUCCUGAACACCAUGCCUUGCAACCCGGCCCUCUCUUUGAAGAUCAAGAACUUGUUGAAUCAAAAGAGGAGCCAAAAUAAGGCGAUUAUCCCUCCAACCGCCGCUAGAAGGUAUUCUGAUCAAGAUGUCAACAUCAAGGCCAUUGCUCGCAGUAGUAGUAGUAGAAGUAGUAGUAGCUCUCAGUACAGUACUAAUGACAACUUUAGCCGCAACCAAAUGAAGGGCUCUCUUGUUUUCACCUCCAAUCCAUCCGAGGAUGCAUAUAAGCCUGACUUCAGCCAUUUAGAGCCUCAUUUCAAUCAGUGUGAUCAAGCUCUGGAUGUUGAAACGGCUGCGCUUCAACCAUAUGUACCUAGAAGAGGUGGGGAGGGGCCAACUGAGGCGGCCCCAUUCCCUGAUUUUGAAAGAUUGAAGGUUGAAAGGCAGAUAUCAGCAUCACUCUAUGCAAUGAAUGGCAUAAAUGAAUACUGGGAUACCAUCAAUGACUCAAAUGAUACUUUCUGGGAUAUUCAAACUCUCUAG